AUGGCCUUCCCCGCCUCAAACGACGACAAUGGCUUCAACCAAGAAGCAAUCGGCCCUCCGGACUACCAUAUCCCGUCCCCGGAUCUCACCCUUCUGCAGCGCCUCACAUUUCGCAGCCCUGAGCGCUAUGUCGAACACAUGAGGAGGAUGCUCACUGCCUCUGCCAUGAGCAUGGGCCGCCAACCCACCCAGGAAGAAGUUAACGUCCUUUGCCACAUCACCUACAAGGAGGCCCAGACCGUUGCCUGGGCAAUCCCCGUGAGCGUUAUGUUGGCCGCUGCUCUGACGUGGAGUGGACGCGGCACCUACCGUUUCCCAUUGUUUCAACCCAAGUUCGUCAAGUUUAGCCCCGAUGUGUUCCCCACCGCAAAGGCGCCAUAUCUGCAAGGUCGUCUCGCAAACCGGAUGUGGCACAACACGAGGUUCGUUGCCUACUUCGCCGCCUCCAGUCUAGGAGUUGCUCCUUUCAUCGGCUCGUAUGCGACCUCGGUGGCCGUUGCGACCGCUCAGCGCGAUGAGCGUCUCAAUCAGUUCCGGAAGGACAUAAAGCCCGAGAGGCUGAUGCAGAUAAGCGCCAGAAGUAUGCCGCCGGCCGUCCUCGCUCGGCAGCGACAACGGACAGCUUCAGCUAUAAGCGCGCUCGAGAAAGAGCUGGCCAAGUUCCCCACGGAAGAGGAAGUGGCCCAGAAAGCUGGGCCCGAAACCGCGGAGAAGGAGGUCCAGGGCCUCCGGGAGACCAUCUCGUUUGUGCAAAGCAAGAUUGCGGAGUACCGAAGGAUCUUGGACCAGCUUGAUGAACUGAUUGAGAGGAAAAGCAAUGGCGGUGGUGAUGAUGCGUCCGCGCCAAACCAGGACUACGAGGCUCUCAGUGCCUCGAGCUCCACCAGUGGCUACACACUACCUACGGAGCCGAAUCGCGCUCCUCCCAUAAGCUAUUCAAGAGAUCCACCAUCUUCAGAAGGACGUUCUGGCUGGGGUUGGGGUCAGAAGGGCUCGUCCUCACAGCAAAGCAGCAGCAGCAGCAGCAACGGCAGCUUAUCCGACGACCUGGACAUCGACGACGCAUCGCCUCUUGCACCAGCCGCCAAAUCCCAAUCAUCUACCCCGUCCUCGGGCAGUGGCUCAGCAUGGGAUCGCUUACGCCAAGCCUCCAGACAGCCGCCGCGGGCAUCUGGUGGUGCCCAGGCCCAGCAGAGUGAGUCUGAUGCAUACUACACCUAUGAUGCGGUCGACAAGGAGAAGAACGCGGAGAAGGACAAGGCCCAGGCGGAAUUCGAUGCGAUGAUCGAGAGGGAGCGGAGGGGUGACGCGGGCCGAGGUGGUGAGCGGAAUAGCCGCUGGUGA